GAUUCAUUGAUAAAAGAAUAUUAAAGCCACCUGGUUCAAACUUCAGAAUGUUUAAAAUACUUAGCUUCCGUACCUAGUUUUAAUGAGUCCAUAAUAACCUGAAGUAAAAAUAUAAGCAAUAUAAAAGACGGAUAAACAUCUUCAAAGACCUAAGGCUAUUUCUAAAUAAAAUGGAUGUAGAGAAAAGAAGUUAGAUUUAUUAUAGGGAUAUUGUGAAAUUGUUCAGCCGGGGAGUUUGAAUUCCUCCGUAAUCAGCUGACUAUGUCCAGCGAUAAUAAGAACCAAAAUGAGGUGGAGGUUAUGGAGUACACAACCGUUAAGGUAUAAUGACUCAGAAAUACGCAAUCACCGUGACAUGGAGAAAGGCAUAGCUGCUUUAAAUAAGUCUCUUGACGAGUUGGAAAAUGCAACAGACAUUACAAAAGCUACAGCAGCACUCAGUAGAGUUAUAGAAACCGUUUGUGGCGUGAAACGCAAAGCUGAAUAUGUAUGCAUUGAGGAAAGAAAGCUGUUGAAAUCAUGUAAACGCAGAAUCGGGCACCUCAGUCAACUGUGUUUGCUUGAUAGUGGAAUGUUUACUCGGACUUCAGAUGAGCUGCAUUUCAACGCUGGAAAUAAUCAAAAGUCUGAAGAAUCAAUUUCCAAAGUUAAUAGCAGUGAAUCAGACACUACACUUAAACGCCGUUCUACUUAUUCUGUUGAUGAACGCGCACUUUGUCUAGCAAGAUUUCAAAGACACUUGACAGAUUAUCUUUUUACAAGUGGUCAACCUUUAUCGGCAUUGAAAUUUGCUCAGGAAAAAGCCGAGCUUGGUGAUCUAUGUAUGAUGGAAGUUUUUGAUGAAGCUGUGUCUAUUGAGAAGGCGCUUUUAGAAGGAGAUACAGGUCCAGCAUUCUCUUGGUUGCAAGAAGCUAACUUCAAGUUGAAGAAGAACGACUCAUACUAUGAAUUUGAUCUUCGUGUAUUCGAAUUCUAUCUACUUGUCAAGCAGGGGAAACGAAUUGAAGCCAUUCAGCAUGCUAGAAAAUACAUGAAUUCAGUGAAACAAGCUGAUGAUUAUCGUGCCACAAAACUUGGUCAGGCGAUGAUUUUACUGGCAAUGCGUACACCUGAAGAACUUCAGAAUAAGGCAGAUCAGAAUAAGCUAACUGAGGAGUGGAUAGUUAAACGGACUCAUGAAGUACUUAUGGAAUUUUACGCUUACAAUGUUAACACUCCAUUUCAACUGGCUGUUAAUGCUGGAAUUACAGCAAUUAAGACUCAUUACUGUUACAACCCAAAUACUCAACAUCGAGACUGUGCUGUUUGUCAUCCAUUAAUCAACCUGUUGGCAGUGAAUUUACCAUUUGCUCGUCAUGAUCAUUCUAUAUUAACGUGUUACAAAACUGGCCUUCCUAUGAAUGAUGAAAAUCCUCCAAUGUCAUUACCAAAUGGCUAUGUUUACAGCCAGAAGGGUAUCGCUGAGUUAACACGUCCAGAUGGAACAAUAACAUGUCCUCGUUCAGGGAAAACAUUUGAAGCCUCAGAAGUCCAGAGAGUCUACAUAGUCUGAUAGCUUGACAAUUUUGUGAUCUGCAUCCAUCAUUGCAUUGUUAUCUUUUUUGUUCUCCAUUUAUAAUUCUCAUUUAUCGCCAUCAGAAUAUUUUGUGGAAUGAUCUUAUUUUUCAUCUUUUGGUUGGUAAUUGUAAUUACCCGAGUCAACGUUAACAUUGGAAUUUGUUAUCGGGAUUGACGAAAAAUGACUGUCGUUUACAGCUUCAUCACUAUUUUCAAAGCCAAGGAUUUCCCCAGUUUGUGCCAUACUUGCUAACAGAUCACUAGACAUAUAUUUCUCAAGAAUUUCACGUUUGCGCUGGGCUACUAGUGCCGCUUCAAUCUGAAAACACAAAUACGUAAUAAUCAUAAGGAUAAUUAAAGAAUUUAAAAAGAGCGCGAUUGUGUUUUAUCUGGCCUGCAAUCAAUGGUAGACUAGAUACUAUUUGAUGAAAAAAUACGAAACACGGAUUAUCGAAUUUUAUGCAUUAUAAUGUGCUGAGAUUAUUGGUGGUUUUACAAUAAGACUAUUGAUAAAUGCAUAUUAUCUCAAAGCUACCUACAGUGUUUCAACAUAAAGUCGGGUCUAGAUCGCAUUGCACGCACAAUGUGUGGCGCACUGGAUGUUUAUAAAAUACAUUAUAAAUGAUUUAGACUACUACAUUACAGCAUCGGCGUCUGUCGUAAAGUUAAAGGAAAUAACGAACUAUUUUCGAAAAAUUUGAAUAUCAAUCUCACCUGCUCUUGCGAGUAGAUUGGAACAUGGGCAACGAAUGCUCGCUUAACUGUAGUGCUUAAAGAACUCAUCGAUUUUGUGGCCGAACUUCCUGUAUGAUUAUCUAAUUCAUCUGUAUUUUCGUCGUCAUUUAUUAGUGCUACCAAUUGUUCUGCAUUAGAAAAGUCAAUCGACCCAACUUCAUUAUUUUCAUCAAUUGCUUCAUAAAGACGCAUCAAUUCUAUAUCAGCCGGCUGCGUAAGAAAAACAAAGUUAAUCCAGAUGUUAAAUUAUGCGAGAGCAAAUAACAUUUUAAAGUUGUAAUAAAAUCAAAUACAACUUAGUUUCAUUAAUACGAUGGUGUAGUUUGAACAGAAGAUACUGUACAUUUAAACAAUUACUUAAAAAUAGUAAUCAUUUAGUAAGGAAACAGUUCAUCAGAUACUGACGUUUUUGAGUACACAAAAACCAAGGUUUUUUAUGAACCAUUAAUAAGAUCUUGGUUUUCAGCGUUCACAAACGAUGACGACGACAACUGAUAACAAUGAAGCAAGUGUAGUCUCCGCAUGCUGGUUAUUUCAUGAGUUUUAUUUUUGAAUAUAAUGUAUUUUUUUCUUCUUGUACAUUUCGACUAAUCCAUUUUGCAAACUGAGAAAAAAAUGGACUGAAAACAAGAUAGAUUCUAGUGACAUCCGGAAGCACAAUACACAAGGCUCAGUCACAAC